AUGCUCAAGGCCUUUGGUGUCCCACUGGAUUUCACCAUCGAUAAUGAAAUGUACUUGCAGAAUAUCACUAAGGAAGUCCGAGUGUAUUCUGUCCAGAAUAGCGUCAUUUCAAACCUGGUCAUUGACACCGAGGCUCGCAAGGCCUCGUUCACAUCCACAUCGGAUAUCGUGUACAAGGAGGGCUCAGAGGCGCAUCUAAUUGAGUUCGCCUGGUUCUUGGACUUCAAUGAAGAUGGGUCAAAGGUGAAGAAGGCCAUUGAGUUUUGCGACAAGGAUACGGUCCUUCUUUUGCACAGCAGAGUUGAGGCGGCACAGUCCAAGGAGGACAAGGGCUCGUCGAUCCAGAAGCUUGAUUAA